AUGGGAAUAUUCUGCGAAAUAAACUUAUUCAAAUCAUGUGAUGGAAUAUUUAUUGCUGGGAGUACAGUCAGAGGAGUGAUAAGAUAUGCUGUAGACAAAGAAAUGACUUGCACCCAAAUUACUGUGUCUUUAAAAGGUAAAGGUAAAUUGAAUUUAAAGAAAAAAGGCAACAACAAGAGCAAGGAAGAAAGCUACUGGAGUAGUGAGGAAUACCUUAAUGUAAAAAACGUUAUUACAGAAACAGGUAAAAAUACUAUAAUUACAAUAGGGUCGUAUGAGACACCGUUUAGUUUUCAGUUGCCAUACAAUAUUCCGCCGACGUUUCACUACUCGAAUAGCACACUCCAAUACGCUAUAUGUUGUAAUAUUCUAUAUCACGUCUGCAUCAAAUUUGAGAGACCCGGUUUUUGGAAAUUUAAUAAAAAUUUCAAAAAAGAGAUUAUUGUGGAAUCUGGAAUAUCUCCGAGGCUACCACUUGUACCUGUUAUAUGCGGAGAGCAGAAAAAGUUAAGGCAGUUGUUUAGCAGUAAGAAUAGUAUUAUUACCAUAAAAGCAAUUGUAGCGAAAUCAGUAAUUGCUCCUGGUGAGAAAGUACAGUUGGAAUAUGAAGUAACGAAUGAUACAAACGUUGCAGUGAAAGCGGUGGAAACGAAAAUUUUGGAAGUAUUUAAAUUCACAACAACGUCCCAAACAGUAAUACAAAGUUAUGACGUUCCGCAAACAAAAUCCAAAACAGGAUCAAUUAAACGCAACGAAAGUCUGGCAAUGCGUGUUGACAUCGUUGGGCCUCCAGACAGGAAAUCACUUGAUUUCUCUAACAUUGUAGCGAGAGAUUAUUUUGUGCAUAUAACUGUAGAGCUCCCUUUUCCACAUUUUAAUGCACGGCUACAAAUUCCCAUUCAAGUUGGCAAUACUGGGGACAGAAACUAUCUCGAUCCGCCUCCGUCCUACUGGGAAGCGAUGGGCGAAGAUAAACAAGAGGGCAAAGAUUAUGAAAAAGAUGACAAAUAUUAA